AAGACAAUCAGCACUUGGUUGGCUUUGCUUAGGUAGUGGUGGUGGUGGUGGUGGGAGGGAGGUGCUACUCACUCCGACCAGCAAACACACUACAAGCUGUAAACAUGGAGCCCCUGGAGGAGUACCACUCUCCGUUUGACUUUGAACAAGGAGUCAACGCCAGCUACCUCUACCUGUCUCCGGAUUACAGCAACACGCCUCCCAGCUCGCCAGCUGUCAAAAAAAAAGGUUCCCAGCAGCAUCCGGACUCGAUCCCAGAGGUGGGAGAAGAUGCAGUGACGUACGUCGGUCCCCCUCCCCCCGUCAUGACAGAGGAGGAGCAGCAGGCGCUACAACAAGAGUUGGUCAAGGUUGAGGAUGAGAUCCUGACUCUGUCCCAGGUGUUGGCAGCCAAGGAGAAGAAGCUGGCAGACAUUAAGAGGAAGCUGGGCAUCACACCUCUGAAUGAGCUGAAGCAGAACUUCAACAAAACCUGGCAGGAGGUCACCACCUCCAUCGCCUAUAGGAGGACAUCUGAAACACUGUCUCAGGCCAGUCUGAAGGCCACAACAGCGUUCUCCAAUGUGGGCUCAGCCAUCACCCGGAAGCUGGAGGACGUCAGGAAUGCACCAACUUUCAAGUCAUUUGAGGAGAAAGUGGAGACUUUGAAGACCAAGAUCAGUCCAUCAGCAUCCACCAGUAACUCCGGGCAGCAGGACAGCGACGGCCCCAGUGCUGAGACUUUGAUCAGUGAGCCCGACGACUCGCCCACCCAUGAGACGCCGAUGAACUGAGACCGGCCUGACCCCUCCUGACCUCCCACCCGCCCCUCAUCACUCGACCCUCUCUAACCCCUGGACCGUACACACUCGCCCCCUAAACUCUCGUUUGCCAGUCUUUCUUCAUUGGAAACAAGUGACUUCCCACAGCUUGUGAUCUGAUUGUCUGGUCUUUUUGUCUGACACGUGCGCUCACUUGUUGACUGGUGUGGAAACUGAAAGCAUGGGAUGGGUGCAGGCAUGUGUCAAUCUUUAUAUGUUUGAGUCUUUUCUCGCUCGCUGUGGGAGAACCCCCCCCCCCCCCCUUUUCUCCUUUCCUUUUUCCUCCUGCACUCCUUAUUUCUCCGCUUUUGUCUCACCACCAAAAUUGAGAUGCCAAACAUGCUCCUAGAUUAUGUUUUUCUUUAUCAAAUUAACACUGUUUCAUAUUUUGUUUGAGUGUACAAACUUGCACAAAUAUAGAAUAUUACAAACUUAUUAGAGAAGGAUUUAUACAUAAAGUUAUUAUCUUAAGCACUUGUUGUGUCUGCCUCCAUUUUGGGGCCGUUCUCCGUUUACUAUGGGUUACCAUUUUGGGGGCCCAUCUGAUUUCCGUAUUCUUGGUGAUAAUAAUUUUAGGACACCACGUGAUCAUAAAGUAGUCGAAAACUGUGUCCAGAAUAUGAAUGUAGGCCUUUUUGUGUCAUAUAGAUACAACACUUUGUAUACUUAAUCCCACAGCAUUGAGCCACUGAUUCUGUGGGUCUCGACUGCAGCCACCAACUCCAAAGCUGGUAUUUUAAAAAACACCCUUCAAAAUAAAAAAACAUCCCUCUUCCUCAUUGUAAAGAGUCAGUCAGAAAAUGAUAUCUACGCUUAGAUAGUUACAGGAAAACAGCCAAGAUCAGCAGAACAGCGACAGAGCAAACACGCAGUCAAGGUUCAGCCUUGACCCCAAAGUGAGAGUGUAAUAAAUAUCUCUUCCAGAGCCAGAGUCAAUAUUUAAACACUUGUCCAUUGUUUCUCCUGGGAGGUAACACCUAGUCUCUCCCAUUUCUGUCAUCCAUUUGAAUGCAAGGCAAGAGAUUCCAAUGGUUGUUAUUUUGUACACUUAUACAUAAUAAUGGUGUAAAAGAGUAGGUUUACCACCAUUUUCCUAUAUUCUAAAAGUGUGAGAUUAUUUUUAAGCCUUAGUAGCGGCUCUGUAGAUGGUUUAGUCGGACUGUCUUUCGUUUGGUUGGUCCACCACUCUGGUGAUUGGAUUGAUGGAUUCACACAAAAUUGUCUACUAACAUUCAUGUCCCUCUCAGGAUGAUUUGUAAUAACUUUGGAGAUCCCUAAACAUUUCAUUCAAGACAAAAACAAUCACCAGGACAACAUUUAUCCAACACUUUGGUUUAUGACUUAAUACCUCCAGAAUGAAUGACAUAGCUGUAUUUUGUGUUAAGUGCUAAUUAACAAAUGUUAGCAUGCUAACCUGCUAAAGCAGGAUGGUAAACAUUACACCUGCUUACCAUCAGCAUGUUACUGUUUUUGUAAGCAUAAUAGCAUGCUGACGUUGGCAUAAUGCAGCCUACACCCAGCUUAUAGCCAGGCUGUAGGCUGUUAUCCUGGUUACUACAGGAUCAAAAUCUUGUUCUUUUGAUAACUGCAGCAUUUAGAGUAUUUUCUGAAAACUCUCCCUUUAGUUGUUUAUUAUACACUGGUGCUACUAAAUAAAAGUUUAAGGUCAAACAGAGUCAAUCUGAACAUAUUUCUAGCACUUGUCCUGCUCAGAAAGGACUGGGCUGGUACAAGUCUUCCCCUGCUGGUGGACCAGUGAAUAAACAUGAAUGUGAAUCAGCUCUCCCACAUAAUCAUUAGCUGCACUUUGCCACGCAAACUGUGGAGGAGCACCCAGGAAGAACACCACAUACAGGCGGGGGAUUUCUGCUGUUAACAUCUUAUUUUCAGCGACUGUGACACAGCUGUGGUUACUAUUCUGAAUUGGCAGUAAUGGAACUUUAGCAGUUUCUCUUGUCCUCAUGUAAGCCAUGACCCGGUUCACUGAGAUAAUUUAUUACAGCUUUUUGUCUCAGACAUGAAGGUUUUAUUUGUCAUUUAAUUUGUUUGUUCUUAAAUUGGAACCAUGGAGUGAAGACAUGCUCUAAUUAAAUACUUCUGAAGAAACCGUG